AUGGCGAGAACAAAUCCAUACGAGAAAGAAAUUUCAAAAAGCUUGGAAAUAGUAGUUCAACAAAUAGAGAACGACAAUGUCGAUGAACCCAAGCUGCAAAUUGUCGAAGAAUCAGACGAUGAAUAUGAAUUUGAAAUCAUCACCACAGAAGUAGCUCCCAUUCAAUGUGGCUCUUCAUUGGUGAUCAUGGAUAGAAAAAAAGAUGAGCCCGAAAAAUUCUCCUCCAUCGAUUUCAAGCAGUACCUAAACCCAGAAUGCUCAAACAUCAUGACAAUCAAGCUUUGGAGGCCGAGUCCGUGCCCGAUGCCUGGAUCCGAAGUGAUGAACUCGAAGCUCGAAAUCAGGGGCUUUUGCUGUUUUCUACGAAGAAUAAUAACUAGUCUUGAAUUGAAGUACAUCGAGAUGGAAGAGAUUGCUUUAAAGUUCAUUGAAGAACAAAGGAAGAAAAAGGGCCACUACAGUUACGACAAUAGCAUUCUCCUGAAAAAAGUGAUUCUAUACGAAUUUCAACGUCCAUGCAAAGGUCAUAGAUUUAUGUUGAGAAAGGGAAAGUCCGUCUUCGAGACUGGAAAGUCGACUCUCCCGAUUCUUGGACGCCAAAUCCUGAUCUGUUCAAAACGCAACUUUAGAAUGUUGAGCCCAUUUCUCGGAGUGACGUCCAAAGCGCCUGAAUGGCGAAAUUCUCGAAUACAAGAGGUAUACAGCGAUUUUGUCUGUGAUUUCAUAGAAGCCUUCCUCUGCAAGUACUUGAAGAGCAGUGAACAACAGACUAUCCCAUUUUAUGACGCGAUCAAACUGAUUACUUCCUGGCGAAUGAGCAUCAAGUCCCAAGGCUCAGUAAAACUCACAGAACUCGCCGAGGAACAAGUAAUCGAAAAAGCCCUCAACCACAUCCUCGGUGUUCACUUCUUGCCUGACUGCGUAAAGAAGCAAAAGUCCCUCUUCUUCCAAUACGACGACGAAGAGCGAUUAAUUACAUUUACAGAGGACCAGCCAUUUUCAUUUCAACUUCUUCCAGCCGACAAUAGCCCAGAUGAAAAAUUUCCAAGCCCAUGUGAUAUCCCCAAAGAAUUACUCGAGAAGCUCACAUUUAAAAUGAUCAAAGGGGAAAAGGAAAGGAGCUACGAUCUCUUGAAUACCAAAACUUAG